UGUUCCAGUAGUUAUAUACGGCAUUAGCAAACCCACUUCUCCACACUCGUAACAAAGAAGUAAGAAGAAAAAAAAACAGCCAAGAAGCAGCAGCCAUGGAAGCAAAGGGAGCAACCUAUUAUAACUCCAUAAUAGUUCCUUCUGUACAAGAGAUGGCGAAGGGAAAGAUGAUCAAGAAAGUUCCUCAGAGGUAUGUACGGUCUGGUCUAGAUAAAGCUGAGAUCACUGAUGAGUGUGGUCCUAGAACCAAGAUCCCAAUCAUCGACCUGAAUCGUUUGUGUUCUUCCACCUACACGGCUUCUGAGAUUGACAAGCUUGACUUGGCUUGCAAAGAGUGGGGAUUUUUCCAACUUGUGAACCACGGAAUAGACCCAAACUUCUUGGACAAACUCAAGUCAGAGAUUCAAGAUUUCUUCAACCUUCCCAUGGAAGAGAAGAAGAAACUGUGGCAACAACCUGGUGAUAUGGAGGGGUUUGGACAAGCUCAUGUGGUUUCAGAGGAGCAGAAACUCGAUUGGGGAGACAUGUUCUACCUCUUGAUGCAGCCUGCUCGAUUACGCAAGCCCCACUUGUUCCCCAAGUUACCUCUUCCCUUCAGAGAUACACUAGAGACAUAUUCGACUAAAGUGAAAACCAUAGCUCAGACCUUGUUAGUGAACAUGGAAAAAGCCCUGAAGAUCGAACCUAAGGAAAUUGAAGAGUUGUUUGGUGACGAGUUAGGACAGAAAAUGAAGAUGAACUACUACCCACCUUGUCCAGAGCCGGAUCAGGUUAAUGGUCUAACUCCACAUUCAGAUGCUACAGGACUCACCAUCCUUCUGCAGGUUAAUGAAGUGGAAGGUCUCCAGAUCAAGAGAGAUGGCAAGUGGGUUACAGUCAAACCUCUCCCAAAUGCUUUCAUUGUCAAUAUUGGAGACAUGUUAGAGAUCAUAACAAAUGGGACAUACAAAAGUACAGAGCAUCGCGGAGUUGUGAACUCAGAGAAAGAGAGGCUUUCUGUCGCAAUGUUUCACAAUGCGGCAAUGGGUAAAGAAAUUGGUCCGCUAAGAAGUUUCGUGGAAAGGCAGAAGGCUGCGUUGUUCAAAAGCGUGACAACCGAAGAGUUUUUGAAGGUCUUGUUCUCCCGACAGAUUAAUGGAAAAGCUUUCCUUGACGUUUGGAGAAUCUAAAGGAAACAUGCAUAGAUCCCACUGCGUUGGGGCCAAAUAAACGGUUUUCUCUAACAGUUCAUGUUGUAUUAUAUACAGUAGUAUGUUUCUCCUAUGUUUUCAUGUUUUUGCCUGUUUUGCAAAACUGGUGUUCUAAAAAAACUACAACGUUUAAAACAA